GAUUCGCUUCGAGAAGUCUGCGCCGGUCCAUCUGGAUUUCUGAUCAAGCAAAUCCGACUUGUCGGACAGGUGUCAACGGAACUUAAUUAAGCCCAAUACGAUUACCGUCCCAUUCCCACCCCUCUCUGAAGAGAGCCCUUUUACAACCAGGUACGAGGAAUCCAUUUCUGUUGACAGUCGACUGUGGGACAUCGAGGAUACACUAUGGCACUGGAAGGUUUGUUUGGAUCUGAGUUGGUGGGAAAGCAUGAUACGACAGUUGCAGUGAGUUCUCUAUCGGAAAAAGAGCUUAUUGGUGUGUAUUUCUCCGCACACUGGUGUCCGCCUUGUCGAAGCUUCACUCCCAAGCUGGUAGACACUUACGUCAAGGUGAGAGACGCCAGCAAGAAGUGGGAGAUAGUGUUCGUCAGUUUUGACCGCACUUUGGAAGCCUGCAACGAGUACUACUUGGAGAUGCCCUGGCUCAUGCUACCGUUUGACAGCGACUUAAAGGAGGGACUGGCGGAGAAGUUCAAGGUGGAAGGCAUCCCUGCUCUCAUUUUCUUGGACCCAAAGACCGGUGAGGUCAAGUCGAUGGGCGGUAGAGCGUUAGUGGAGGAUGACAAGGAAGGAGCUAAAUUCCCCUGGGUGUGAGGAGAGGGGAGCACCACGGAGGAGCUCUCGCGAUGCCGCCUUAGCCGACAACGUGGAGGAGCCAAUAAUCAUGGCAUUUUUACAUCAUGCAUCAUUUCCAGCAUAUUUUUCUACUGGGAUCAACCCUGGUCCGCUCAAUGGGGGUCUGGAAGGCCACAACAUUCCUUUAUUUUGUAGGUUACAGGGUUAGGGUUAGAGUUACGGUUAGAGUUUCAGUGCUAUCAGAAUUCUUAAAUAUCAUUCAGUUUCCGAGCCUUUGAGCUCACAAAAGUUGGAAGAAGCGCCAUUGGUAGACAAUGUCUGCUAUCAGGUUUCGAUCCUAGCAGUGUGCUGAUAUAAAUUAAUAUCUAUUCUUAUUUUUCAUUGGCUCCGUCGGGGCAGAAAGAGAUAACGACAUAGAUCUAGAACAAAGCAAUAAUAAUAUAUAGGCCUAUUAUAAGCUACUCCUCCCUGCUGAUGAGCCGCUAGGAGGACGGUUCCAGGCACUGUGACACUGAACAUUGUGACGAAGAUGCCCUCCUCUCUGUGCUGCUUGUUGAUGGUGGGAUCUCUUAUAAAAAUGUGAGGAAAUGACGGGUGAAGAUUGGAGGCUAUGAAAAAAAGUAUGUUUCUCGCU